GACGGGGCGAGAUGGAAGGAAUUGGGUGUAUUGAAUAUCAAUUAUCCCAAACACCUUUGGCUGAAGACUCUAUCAUAGUUUGGUCCUCGAAUGCAGGUCGCUGAUAAGCCUUGAUCUCAUGUAGUAAUGACCUUUAACAAGGUUCCAGUAGCUCGCAAUUCAAUGUGAGGCAAUUCCCAGUCUCUCAAAACUUCGAAUAUGAGACUGACGAUGGAAUUGUCUCUGAUCCCCUCUUCAGCGGCCGCCUGCUUCCAUCAUCUUCAAGGCGAGAUGAGGUUUCAUACCGUUUUUGCGGACGUCUGCACUUUUUUAGCAUUAGAAUAAAAGUUAUUACUAUAUGAAUCAGAGGAAUUAAGGAACAGAUCCAAGCACUUCGUUGUAUACGUACUGAUUGAACCCUCCCAUGUCAAAGGCCUACGCGCAUCGAUUGCCAAUUACGUAACUAUAUCAGGUGAUCGUGUCUUUCCCAUUCUCUGCGCGUCCGUCUUUCAGCAAGCAACGAGUGGUUCGCUCGGCCAGCCCACUGAUGACCGUGAAAACUAUCCUAUUCGACGGGAUUUUGAACCACGAGCGGAUGCAGAUGACACCCGGCCUCGAAUGCGCGAUAGGCCAUCACAGUAACGAUCGGUCACCUGAUAAGUAGUCGCGCAAUACUCCUGAUUCUCCACCAUGCCCUCUGGGACCAUAGAUUGGGACAAACACCGCGAAGACUUCGAGCGGGACGGCUUCACCAUCAUCCCCGGCCUCAUAUCUGCUGGGGACCUGCCGCGCCUGGAGGAAGCGUGCGCGGACAUCGUGGCCCAGACGCGGGCGGGAUCGUGGCCUUAUCGGCGCGUGGUCGGGAAACAGUUCCCUCCAUACGGCGACGACGAUCCUGACUCUUGGGGUGUCCAGCAUGUCAUGAAUCCGAGACUGGGGCCUGCGGCGGGUGUCCUGGCUCGGUGGUAUACCUCGCAGCGCCUGAUAGAUGCGGUCACUGAGCUUCUCGGGUGUCCGGAAGAGUCUCUACAGAUGGAGUUAUUCAACUUGUUGAUCAACCCAACUGCGCACGAUUUUGCAUUGAGCUGGCACCGCGACGACGUGAAGAGCGAGGCGUCGGAGGCUGACGAACAGGUUGCGUUGGAUGCGUGGAAGCCGCAUGGGAUUCAAUGGAAUACUGCGCUCUACGAGGACUCGUGUCUGUUCGUCGUCCCCGGCUCACACAAGAUUCCCCGGACCCCUGAGCAGAGGCUUCAGUCUCUGGGACACGAUGCGCCUCUGGAUCCUCUGGGCAUGCCCAAUUCGAUCCGAGUCACACUCAAACCGGGCGAAACGGUGUUCUACAACCAGAACAUCCUCCACUGUGCGUCGUACAGCUCAAAAGCCCCGCGCGUGACCCUUCAUGCGUGCAUGGGGAACAUCGCAGGGGGAUUCGUUCGCGCGAGGAACAUACUGCAGCACGGCCUAGCGUGGAUGAAGGAGCCGGCGUUUAUGGAUGGUUUGGACGAUCGCGGCAAGGUGAUGCUGAGGCGACUUCUGGCGCUGUAUGAUGCGGUUGGGGCGAAGCCGGUCGAAUACUCACUGAACGGGUAACGGGACUCAAUUGAAUCUACCCAAGAUAUCCACUACUGAGCAGUCCCAUGCCGAGCACCAAUCCGGCCACCUUCCAUCUCCCGACACCACCGAGGGACGAUGAGGCUGCGCUCACUUCUGCCGUGGCACAGAUCGACGACGCGUUCAUGUGCCCAACGCAGUCCUGGAACACCGCGGAGGUGUUGGGCUGGAACGAGCCAAAGUUGUAAGGACACCCGCACGUGCUGUUGGCGAAGCCAGGUGUGCUGCCGACCGUGGCACAGCAUGCAUCAAGAGCUGGGAGAAGCGAGGUGGUGCAGCCUGCGGUGCACGUAGACGGACGGAUCAGAAACACAACAUCUGAGCACCUGGCAGCGCACGCACCGAAGUACCCGCCUGAUAGUACCCCAGAGCCAUAGCCUGUGAAGGAAGCAGAAGCGCAACCACUGGGCAAGGGUGCGGUGGACGAGGCAGAUGGCGACGCCGCCGAUGUGGAAGGAAUAUGUGACGUGAUCGAGGCUGAGGAUACAUUCGACGGCCUCGCUGAGUGAGACGAGCUAAUCGAGGGCGAAGGGAACGAAGUAACCGACGACGAGUGCAGGCUGGACAUGGCUGUUGCUCCGACGGGUGCACAUCGGACGAGCGCGCCCUAUACAUACUAAGUAUGCUUGCUGGGAUCAUGCGCCCAGGACAGUUGGCAUCGAUCAUCGGCAGUGAAGCUGUGUUGCCCGUGUUUCAUGUGUAUCACGCAGACUUGAGCCCAGGCUGUUAGUACUGAAUAGAAGGGGGCAGAGAGCGAGCGAGGCUGCAGCAGUUUCCGUGGGUUCUGAUUUUCGGUACUGUGGUAGAUGAAUUGAUUGUGGCCUUGGCUGGCUUGGCUGGAUGUGAACCAACGGCGGUUCACAGCAUGAGGAGAGUAAAGCUCUUCAGGUGCGACAGUACCACAUUGCGUAUGACGAAAGGACCACCGUUGGAUCGAAGAGAACGACUGCCGGCCUAUGUCCUGAUGGCAUCACCAGCUCUUUCUGGCUGUGCUCUUUUCCUGCGAGCACAACGAGACCUGAUCUGCCCAAUCGACAUGCCUUUCGACAUCCACUACGUGCUCUUCGACAUGGAUGGCCUCCUGAUCGAUUCCGAGUCCAUCUACACCCAAGUGACCAACAAGAUCCUCGAGCCGUACGGCGAGGUGAUGACCUGGGACAUCAAAGCGGGGUGCAUGGGCAAGCCCGAGCGCGCCGCGGCGGAGCAUCUGCUUGGCAGUUUCCCGGGCAUCGCGCUUACGACGGAGGAGUACCUCCGCCAGCGCAACGCACUGCAGGACACGCUGUGGCCGACCGUGGCCUUGCUUCCAGGGGCCGAGAAACUGGUGCGGCACCUGAAGGCGCACGGGAUCCCCAUGGCGGUCGCCACGGGGUCGAAGCGCCGCAACUUCGAGCUCAAGACGGGGCAUCUGGGGCACCUGUUUGGGCUGUUCGAGGGUGUGAUCUGCGGCGACGACGCCGCAGGCGCUAUCCGUGGCAAGCCGGCGCCGGAUGUGUUUCUCGUCGCGGCGCGGGAGGUGCUGGGGCGGGACGUCGGGCCGAACCGCGGGGCGUCUGCGGUGUCUCCGGAGCAGCAGAUGGAGCGCGCUCGAGGGUUGGUGUUUGAGGACGCUCAAUCUGGGAUGCAGGCUGGCAAACGUGCUGGGAUGAAAGUCGUCUGGGUGCCAGAUCCAAAUCUGCUGGAUGUCCCACUGGAUGGUGAUGAACGGGCGGACAAGGUGUUGGUCUCUUUGGAAGAUUUUGUACCCGAGGAGUGGGGUCUUCCUCCGUAUUGAGGGCACCGUGACGGGUGUUUCUGCCUGCGCGGUCGCGAACCUUAGACAGCAGAUACCCCUACUACUAUACAGGUUACAUGUUAACAUGUACGCUGUGGAUGGUCAGAUACUCCAUCGUUGUUUCGUGAGGAUGUUCCUACAAGUAGUGAAACGUAAACUGCUGCGCACAGCUUACUUACCCAGGCAUGGACGGUAUCAAUCCGGUCUACCACAGCAGUCUACCAAGUCAUCAAUCCUCUGCGUGUACAGCAUGAGAGAUGGAAGUAUCGGCAGAGUAUCAUCUGAGUCCUUGAAAUUCUCGAGAACAUCGUUUGCCAAGUGCGAAGCAACUUGAGAACAGAUUGGGUCCGCCACGUGGACCGUCUCGUCAGUGGUGUCCGUGAAUGGCCGGACUGCUGUCACGCAAGAAGUUCUCCCCAGUCGCCGACCGUGACGGAUGCCCCGCUCACUCGCAUACAUGCACUUCAUUUUCCGUCGCGGACCGGUACAAUGAAGAGAGCCUGUCACACAUGAACGACCGAGUCCGGUUGCCAUGGCGCGGCGCCGCUAUAGCCAUUGUGGACCGGCGGGAGCCCAACAUUACCGAUACUCGAUGGGGCAUCGCAGUAAGGUCGACGACAAAGGACAUGGUCUGUUUCGACCGAUCGAUCGAUCGGGUGUGCUGGGGUCCUGGCACUCCGUGACUUGAGGACGUGUAUGUGCUUACUCGAAGCCUCCGA